GAUUUCUUUCCAUUAAUUUGUCCUCGAUCAUCAAUUGAAUGAAGUGGAUGGUAAGAAAGAAGAAAUCUGUAAUUUUUUUUUUACAUUUGUUGCACAUAUGGGUACAGGAAUUCAUUUGAAUGUUGAUCGCAUUUAAAAGUUUAAAAGUUUUUCCUGUUCUUAGGCUGAUGUUUGUUAUUCUUUAUAUUCAUCAAUCGUUUGUACAAGAAGAUCAAUGAACUUUUGUGGUGAAUAGAAUUUGGUUCUUAAGAUUUUCUUCUUUUUUUUUGUCCACAAUUUUUUUGAACAAUUGAAAUUCAUCAACUUUUUUUUUGUUUGAAUCAAAAAUCCAUAAAGAUCACCAUUUUUGUUCAUUUAUAUUCAAGAAGAUAAUCAAAGUUUCUUUUUACGGUGAGGAAAAAACAAACAAACAAACAAAAAAAAAAAAAAAUAAAAAUGGACACCAAUGGUGGUGGUAAUAAUUCUUCAUCAUCAUCAACAAAUACUAUACGAAGACGUGAACGUAAACGUUCACAAAGUUUAACAAAUGAUAAUCAUCUUUAUGAAAUAAUACGAAUGAAUCAACCGGAUAAACCGAUCCAUCAAUAUAGAGAUUCAUUAUUUAGUUCAUCCAGUGGUUUCAAUAAUUUUCGUGGAUUCUUUACAUUGGCACUCAUAUUGCUAGUAUUAGCUACGUUACGUGUUGCUUUAGAGAAUGUGAUCAAAUAUGGUAUACUCAUCAAUUAUUCACAGAUAUUUUGGCUAUUUUUUAGCCAUACAUCCAUUUGGCCAACAAUCAUUUCAUUGAGUCUUUUAAAUAUUUUUAUUUAUUUUUCUUAUUGGAUUGAAAAACUUCUUAGUAAGAAUCAAAUCAAUCCAAACAAAGCAACAUAUAUAAUAUGGCUAAAUCUAGCAUCAGUUCUGUUAUGGCCAAUUGUAGCCGUAUUUACAAUACCAACACAUGUUGUUGCUGCAUCAUCAUUUUCGAUGAUGUAUUUGAUUGUAUGGCUAAAAUUAUAUUCAUAUCAUAGCGUCAAUUAUUGGUGCCGAUUACAUCAGAAAAAGACCCAUAAACGCCAUAAUAGUGGUGAUUCACGUCAAUGGAAUAAUCAUCAACAUCAACAUCAAAAUGAUAAUCAUCAUCAUCAUCAUACAGAUGUAACGACAGCAAUCAAUCAACAAUUGGUUCAAUAUCCGGACAAUCUAACCAUUUCGGACAUUUAUUAUUUCAUUUGUGUGCCGACUCUUUGUUAUGAAUUAAAUUUUCCCCGUACCGAACGAAUUCGUAAACGAUUUCUAUUUAAACGUCUAUUUGAAGUGAUAUUUUUAACUCAACUUAUAUUGGCCUUGAUACAGCAAUGGAUGGUGCCUACAAUUCACAAUUCAUUGAAACCAUUGCAAGAGAUGGAUUAUUUUCGUAUGCUCGAACGGUUAUUGAAAUUAUCGAUACCAAAUCAUGUUAUCUGGUUAAUUUGGUUUUACACCUAUUUUCAUUCAUUCCUGAAUUUAAUUGGUGAAAUUCUUCGUUUCGGUGAUCGACAAUUCUAUAAGGAUUGGUGGAAUGCAGAAUCAUUACUAUAUUUUUGGAAAAAUUGGAACAUACCCGUACAUCAUUGGUGUGUGCGACAUCUAUAUGUACCAUUAUUGAAACGUGGUUAUUCGAAAAUAACGGUUACAACAAUUGUUUUUCUUAUGUCUGCCAUAUUUCAUGAAUAUCUUGUAUCGGUACCGUUAUGUAUGUUUCGAUUUUGGGCAUUUACCGGUAUGGCCAUGCAGAUACCAUUUGUAUUUGUUAUACAUACAGGAUUCUUUCAAGGACAUUAUGCUAAUAUGUUUGUAUGGUUUUCAUUGAUAAUUGGCCAACCAUUAUGUAUACUUGCCUGUUAUCAUGAUUAUUAUGUUGUUCAUCAUGCUGUAAAUUAAAUAUUAUAUAUAUUGUGUGUUGUUUAUUAUAAUAAA